AAGGACACAAAGAAAAUGUAUGCCAUGAAGUAUAUGAACAAACUGAAGUGUGUGGAACGGAACGAGGUCCGCAAUGUUUUCAAGGAGAUGCAGAUCAUGCGGAACCUCGAGCAUCCUUUCCUUGUCAACUUCUGGUACUCGUUCCAGGAUGAGGAGGACAUGUUCAUGGUAGUGGAUCUGUUGCUUGGAGGAGACCUGCGCUACCACCUCCAGCAAAACGUUCACUUCUCAGAGAGCACUGUCAAGCUGUACGUCUGUGAGAACGCCCUGGCGCUGGGCUACCUCCGCAGCAAACGCAUCAUCCACAGAGACAUCAAACCUGACAACAUUCUGUUGGACGAACACGGACAUUGUCACCUGACGGACUUCAACAUCGCUGCCAUCGUCAAAGACGAUCUAAGAGCCACGUCUAUCGCAGGGACCAAACCAUACAUGGCCCCCGAGCUGUUCCAGACACACCAGGGAAUACACCCUGGCUACUCCUUCUCUGUGGACUGGUGGUCUCUGGGCGUCACUGCCUACGAGCUUCUGCGAGGACAGAGGCCGUACGUCAUGCGCUCCAGCACGCCGGCCAAUGAGAUCCUCCAGAUGUUCCACAAGGUCAACCCCAGCUACCCCAUAGCCUGGUCUGUGGAGAUGAAGACCAUGCUCAGAAAGUUGCUGUGUAUUGACGUGCACCAGCGUGUGUCCUGCCUGGCUGAGCUGCAGGAUCUAGACCUGCUGUCUGAUGUCAACUGGGACGCUGUGCUCAGCAAACAGCUGCCCCCCGGCUUCAUCCCCAACAGGCGGAGGCUCAACUGCGACCCCACCUUUGAGCUGGAGGAGAUGAUCCUGGAGUCCAAACCGCUGCACAAGAAAAAGAAAAGACUAGCCAGGAAGACCAGAGAACAGGGCUCCAAUGGGUCCCCCCAGAACGGUCAGCUCCAGCAGCGCCUGAACAAUGUGGAGAGGGACUUCAUCAUCUUCAACAGAGAAAGGUCAAAGAAGGCUGUGGCAGACACAGAGGUAGCAGACCUCACCACGACAGAGAAGAACAAGGCUAUUGAAGACGGACAGAACAACAACGUGGACCCGGCAGCCUACAUAUCAGGAUAGCGGACUAAGGCUUGUCGCCACGCUAACCUGGCCACAGCUUGUAGAUCACUACUAACCAAUCGUCCACAUCCCCUCACCCCUGGCCGGCGCAGGGCACUCAGAUCGAACUUUAACCCUGACACAUUCCCCCAACAGCCAGCUAUUAUGCCCAGACCCCAGACUUCAGGAGCUCACAUAGACUACUACUUUACAGAGUAGCUGACCUAGACAGACAGACAGACAGACCCUGGUUCUUUUCACUUUUCCUAUGAUGGGAAACGUGCCUCUCAGUGGGCAGCCCUCCUCACACUCUACCCUGACCUGACCUGCCUGAUGCGCUAUGGUCCCCCAGAGCUCUCCUCCCUCCACCAAGUUAGCCAGGCCCAGGAAAUGACUUAACUACAAACCCAGCAGGGAGCAGAGCCAGACAGGAUACAGCCACUAUGCCUGUUAUGCUGAGGCUAGACUCAGGCCAGGCAGGAAAUGAAGCAUAAUGUUGACAAGCAGGAGACUACUUCUUUAGUGAAUACAGUGCUGACUUGCUUUUGGAAGAGAGAGGGGUUGUGAGUAGCGUCACACAAAAUGAAUUAGGAUUAGAGUAUGCGACAUGAGGCCUUUUGUUUUCAAGACUCCAACCACAGAUUCCUCAUCGAAGACAAAGAGAACCACUGUAGGCUUGAGCGCUAACUGCUGAACGUAAUAUGUCUCUGUGACAUUAUUAGGCAUCAAUGUGGCUCUCAAGCAAACCAAAAUGACUGGUGCUCGACAUGGAUAUUUUGUACAUAAAUCUUCAUUGAUGAAUAGAUAGGUAUUGUCUGUUCCGCGCACAAAUAUGAUUUGCGUACGCUUCUCCAUUAGUCGUAGCAUUUAUGCACAGAGGACAAAGAGGAGUAGAUGUAUCCUCAUUCUCUUCUGGUUUUUAGAGGGGUGCCAGUAGAGGAGAGUGGGGGAACUUGACCCAUUUGUUACAUUCAGCGUCAAGUCUGCCAAGGGAAACAUAGUAUUCUUUCGAAUAAAGAUAUCUACACAUAUGUCAGGAUGUUGUGAAUCGCUGCAAAUAAUCCAAAUUCAUGUCAAACUUUUGAAAACGUAUCUUGUUAUAAAAAAAGUGGUCUCUUGGCACAACUUACCCCGGGGAAAGGGGUAAGUGGAUCCCCGGGACAGGUUCAGCAAGUUAAGCAGCCUACACAUUUCUGUGCUGAAUGAAAUAAUCCACUACCGUUUUAAAGACCAUGUCUAUCUUUAUUUCAAAAACACAACCCAUCACAAUAACUUUUUUGUCUUUUAAUCAUUUUAAGAUAAUUUAACACAGGUUUAACACCUAACAAACACUUUGUACUUUUUUGGGGGGAAAAAAACACUUCAAUUUGAUCGACUUACCCGAUGGCCAUUGGUUCAAUUUACCCCAAGGCAAACAUUUUGACUAUAUUAAUCCUACACAGCUUCAAGAAUGCACGUUCAUGCUUGGUUUAGAACAUCAUUAUUGAAGCUUAUGGAGACCCCAACUCAUGUAUAGAAAAAUCUUUAAAUGAUCUACUUUGGUUUAUUUGUUUGUUUAUUUGGACAUAACAUGCCUACCACUUUUUUCCCAUGUGGUUUCUUCCUUCACAGACUCCAUGAAACGAUGACAUCUUCCUAAAUAUUUGGCCAAAUGAUACAUUUUGUGUAUGGUUUCCUAGAAACAAGGGUGGCUCAACUUACCCCAUUCUCCCCCAUGUGCCUUCUGACUUGUAUAUAGCACAUACUGGGUUUCCCCGUGUAGAGAAUGAUCAUCAUACAGUCAGUUUGUUACACUGUAAAUCACCGUCCUCUAGUCUAAUACGUGUUUUGGAAAAUAGCUUUGCCAUUAUUUUGACUCGAUCUGAAAUACAAUUCAAAACUUAUCCAAGGCUUUUCCUGUCCUUAGUUAUCAGAUCUACUACUGGGACCUUUCUAACAACCCUUAUUGGUACAGAUAUUCAAACUAGCAUUAGGUUUUCCAGAAAUGUAUGUAAUUCAAUUGCACAAUGAAAGCAGAGUUGUAAAAGGAGUACUGCAAUUUGUUUGUCAUUUGUUGUCUGUUGUUUUGUUGUCAAGCAGCUGGUGCCUUAAUUUCAUAAGUUUCUUUGGGACACUGACCUUUACCACUGCUUUGUGCUUUUUAUUACAUCGCCAGAUUAAUGUGGCCUUUCGUGGAUUUGGCAACAGUUGGAGGCAUUGGUUAAAAAGACCGACAAAACAUAGUUGUGAAAGAGAAAAGAGUUGUAUUAGGCUCCUCCUGUUAGGGUGGAGCCUGUAUGUAACAUAUCCCAUGUAUGUCUUUCAGUCCUAUUACCUGGAGCUGUGCCUCUCUAUAUGGUUUCUUAAAGGUCCAGUGCAGUCAAAAACACAAUUUUCCUGUGUUUUAUGUAUAUACUUCCACACUAUGAGGUUGGAAUAAUACUGUGAAAUUGUGAUAAUUAUGAUACGUCCCUUUUAGUGUUAAGAGCGGUUUGAAAAGACCGCCUGAAAUGUCAUCCUUUUUUGGUGGGAUGGAGUUUUGGCCUUCCAUGGUGACAUCACCAUGUGGUAAAUUAGUUAAUAGACCAGUAAGAAAGAUUGUUCCCGAACCUCUCUGGCAAUAAUAGGUCAUUUUCAGUUUCCCCCUCUCCAUUCAGAACACUCCAAGACAGUCCUAGCUAUAAUUCUUGCAUGAGAAAUUGAACUCCGCUAAGAAGCUAUUUUUGUUUCUUUUUGACUAUUUGAAAUGAAAACAAUCACAGUAAGAUACUUAAUUGUUACCCAAAAAUCCUGUAGUUGUAGGCCUGUCUGGCUCUUCCUAGGGGGGAAGUCAAAAGCAUAUCAAUCACACUACUGACUCUGAGUGGGAAUCACCAUCUCCUGGAACACCCUCCUGACAGUUUGAUACCUUUGAUACCUGCGUGCCCUCCAGAGAGAGAUGAUAGAAGGAGACUUUCUGUGCAUAACCUGCAAAAAAAUGGGGGUUAGAGAAGCGGGUUCGAAUCCCGUUGCCGACGGGGGAGAAUCUGGCAGGCGUGAGCUGGUAACCGGAGGGUUGCUGUCAUCAAUAUUACAGGUGCCAUAUACUGCCGGCUCAACCCCCUAAGUCUGCUCAUUGGAUGCUGCCCUCUGCUCCAGCCUCUCCAACCUAAUGUGUGUUUGUGUGUAUCUGUGUGUGUAUAUUGAAGGGGUUGGGUUAAUGCAGAAGACACAUUUCCGUUAACUAAUAAAGUGUAUCUUAAAACAACGUGAUGAGUUAGCCAGAGAAAUACCUCAGAGGGUUAAAUGCUAGACCUGUUUUUAAUAAUGUGUGGUGUUGGUUUUCUGAUUAGCAGCAACAGGAGACUACAGGGAAUACUAUAUAAUUAAUGAUGGCAGAUAGAUAGACAAAUCCAUUACAAAUUGGUUUCAAACAAGCCUUUCCUCCAUCUCCAUGCUUCGUGUGUGGUUGAUUUUCUAUGAUAAACUACAAUGGAACACUGCCACCUAGUGUUUGUUAGUGGUAGUGCUCCUGUGUACUUAAAGGCCCAGUGCAGUCAAAAUGGGAUUAAUCUGUGUUUUAUAACACUAUGAGGUUGGAAUAAUACUGUGGAAUUGUAAAAAAUUCUGAUAAUGCACUUUUAGUGUAAACGCUGUUUGAAUUGGUGGGAUGGAGUUUUGGCCUUCCAUGGUGACAUCACCAUGCGGUAAAUGAGAAGGAGAGUUUCAAACCUUCCUACCAAUAACAGCAAAUGUUCGGUUUUCCCCUACCCAAACAGACCAAAUACAAUGUCUACAAAUAUCCUUUCACGUUUAUUUAUUUCUGUCUGUGCUAAUCCAGUAAUGUAUUUAAAAUAAAGUUGAGGAUUAAAACGGA